AGGAGCUCAGAUUGGAGAGUUGAUAGUUUUGUGCUGACGGCUAACAUUAAUAUCAUUACUAUGCAGCCAAGUCACGGCUGGGGAAACUGAGGAGACUUGGGCUGGCUAUGAGUUGCUACAUGACUAGUCAGAUUCCUAACUUUAUUGUAAAAUUAUUAAAACCGCAUAACUUAAUUCACCUUGGCCAGACCGCCCUCCUUUGCUAGCUUAACUAGUUAACUUAGCAAACGAAUCUCUACCGGGAGUGUUAGCUAAGGCUGACUAGCUUGUUAGCGCCUCAUUCCGCAGCUAACUUAAAAUGACGUGCAGUUAACUUGUCGUACGAUCUCCUGUUAACAGACCAGCGUGUCUUCUCUCUGUCUUAUGCGUAUGAUCAUCUUCUGUAAUCGGCUUUAAGCUAUUUCUGACAGCGCUCUGAGGCAAUGAGACGCCUCAAGUGUUUCAAUGGAGCUAUCAGGAAGUACCACUAGCAACCAUACCCUGAACUCAACAGGUGGUGGCUCAUGGGAGAUCAGUGACAAGGCCAAGCUUUGCCGCUUUCUCUGCUAUGGCUCAGAGGGAGACUUGUACAGUGCCAGAGAGAAUGGUCGCAUCAGAGUGGAGAACACUGGAGCCCUGCAGUCCAUGCUGGAGGAGAAACGAGGCGCUGAGGUGUUGGAGGAAAUAAAAAGGUUCGCUCAGGAUGGGCGAGCUGUCAGACUGGAGCCCUCCAUUUUUGCCUUGGCUUUGUGCUCCCAGAACCCAGAUGUGAAAACCAAACAGGCAGCGUUCAAAGCCCUGAAGGAUGUUUGUCGUGAGCCUGCCCAUCUGUUUUCUUUCAUCAAGUACAAGAAGGAAUUAAAAGAGCACAUGAAAUGUGGGAUAUGGGGGCGUGCCCUGAGGAGAGCACUGUCUGACUGGUACAAUGAGCAAGAUGCCAUGAGUCUAGCUGCUGCAGUGACCAAAUGUAAGCAGAGAGAUGGCUGGUCACACCAGGAUCUGCUCAGACUCUCCCACACUAAACCAGCUAGAGAUGCUAUUGCCUUGAUCAGCAAAUAUGUAACAAAAGGGUGGAAAGAGGUCCAGGUUGCUCAUGAAAACAAAGAGAACGCCGAAGAGGUUAUCAGGGUGCUUUCAUAUCUUGAAGUGGUGGAAAAGGUAAAGCACAGUCGGGAUGAAACUGAGGUCGUCACUUUAAUAGAGGAACACAAGCUUGAGAGGGAACAGCUGCUGACCGAGCAUCUGAAGUUUAAACAGGUAUGGAGCGCUUUGUUGAAGGAAAUGCCUCUCCAUUCGGUGGUAAAGAUGUUAGGUAGGCUGACAUCUGGCAAAGUUCUUGAACCGGGAAGCUCAGAAACACAGUUUUUAUGUGACAGAAUUCAAAGUGAGACAGCACUAAAACAGGCAAAGAUCCACCCUUUCAGUAUACUUUUGGCUACAGAAAACUACAAAAAAGGCCAUGGCUAUCAGGGUAAACCAAAAUGGGAAGCAGACCGCAACAUCCUUAAAGCUAUGGACUCUGCCUUUUACAAGAGUUUUAUGAAUGUGGAGCCUGUGGGUAAAUGCUUUGUUGUGGCAGUAGAUAUGAGCGGGUCACCGAGCAGCAUUGUCCCAGGAACGUCGAUCAGCACUGCUGCUGCUGCAGCCGCUAUUGCCAUGAUUUUAGCAAGGACGGAGGCUGACACACAUGUGCUGGUCUACUCUCAAGAGGCUGUGGUACCAUUCUCUAUUUCUGCUGACAUGACUCUCAAAGAAGCAACCGAUGAACUGGUUAAGUUCCAGAGUCAGAGCGGAGACUGCACCCUUCCCAUUAAAUGGGCCACAGAGAACGGGAAAGCUGUAGAUGUGUUCGUCAUUGUGAACAACAGCCCACUGUGGAUGUUUCCUGCCAGCCCGGUGAAGUCUCUGAAGAAGCACAGAGAAACAUCAGGAGCUAAUUCAAAGCUGGUGAUGUGUGACCUGACUAACAUUGGAAUUGCCAUCGCAGACACAGAAGACCGGGGUUUGCUGACCAUCUCUGGCUUCGACCUUGGAGCUUUUAGUGUCAUUCGUAAUUUGGCCCAAGAUCUGAUCUGAUAAGAUUUCGGGGACUUUUCCUAUGUAAUGUAAUGAGUGUAGAAUAUGAAGGCAAAGAGCGGACCAAUGAGGCUCAUUUAGCAUGUAGAGUGUCCCAAAACAUCACUAAUCCAAAAGAUGCUGACAAUUUCAAUUCCAGUUUUUCUUUGUAUUCUCUUGCUCACCAUUCAGUCGACAAAGUGUCCAGCGGGCUGGACAACACUUUGGAAAUGUAAAAUGCAUCUAUAUUUUGUGAAAAUUGAAUAGGAAGUAAUUAAGACAUGGUAUGUGUUUGCAUAUCAUGUUUUUAAGAGUCUCUAUAUGAUCAGCUGUUCAGUACUUUGGUGGAUUUUGAUGGAUCGUGAUUUAAGUGGGGAAAAAAUGAACCAAUUCAACAUUUGUAGCAAGAGGUUGGCAGGUUAAGGGGAACACUGCAAGAGUCACAGUUAUAGGGUGUUUGCGACUGUAGGUUUACUUCGGGGGGGGGAUUACCUGUAGUUUUCAACAUGCAUCUAUGGUAUGAGUUAGCAGGUUUGAUGUAGAGAUGUUUUAAACCUUCAUUUCAUGUAGCGUUUCUUAGACAUACUUAACAUCAGUGAAAGAGAAACCUGAAACAAAGCACACAAAGUCAAUGGUAAAAGUUGCUUUUUAUUGUGUUAAUUUCACAGAUUUCUUAGAUCAGAAAAGUUUUUUUCAAGUAUUAACAUCUUGGAUUCCUUUUACACAGUCUUUGCUUUAGCUUAGCCACAAAUUUUAGUUGUUCUAACAUUUGUUUGACCCUAAGCCCAGUUUAUUGUUUUAAAGCUGAGUUUUUUUGUUUUAUUUCUUGUGAGAUUAUACUUGAAAAGAAAUGUGGUGACACUUUUUAUAAAGUAAAUUUGGAUUCAGUUUUAACAACACACUAAUGCCAAUGUUUGGGAUUUUUUUGUGUGUGUGUGUGAAAAUUUUGUGUUUCAGUCUAAAUUCUAUGCAUCAGAAUUUACAUUUUGCUGUAAUAAAGUAUCUGGAAAGGACCAAUCAUAGCUCUCUGAUACCUGUUACCUUAUCUUUAAUGUGACAUUGUUCGUUCUGCAAGAACAGAAAACUGCUACCUUUCCAGAAAACUUGAUAUGAAUGAAUUAUUGUGAAAAUUAUUUGAAUGUACUUUUAUAAAACCUGUAAUGGUCAAUUUAAAAUACGUUUUAUAUUUCUCCAGACACAGAAUAAACGUGCACAGCUUAGAGAGUUUUAGAGCCAGGGCCUGUUAAUUUUUGAGGAAAUGUAAACAAAUGAUUACAGUGGUGCUUUUCGUUUUAGUCAACAGUAAUAAUUACUGAGAAUAUUCAGUAAACUUUACUUAUCACGGUGUAAUUUAGUCUUCAUUAAAAAAAAAAAAACAACCCCAAACUGACCAUGUAACUGUGAAGGAUGUUUGUCCCAACAUGCUGAUGUUUUCAUUUUUAAUUUUAAAGCAACAUCCACAGUCUUUUUGGUCGACAUAUAAAAUAUUUAUAACAUGACUGCUGACACAGCGCUUUAGGAGAUGGACAUGAGAUUUGGUAGUUCUCAAGUGUUUCACAACCAUUCUGUUGUAUCUGUCCUGCUUAACAUGUACCUAUUCACUGUAGCGGCGAUGUAAAGCCCUUCCUAAUAAACAACUUGCUGCU